AUGAAGCAAGCCGAGCAGUCCGUCGGGUGGCACGUGUUGUGGUGGUUAUUCGGCAUCGGCUGUAUCCCCGUGACUUUUCCAUGGUUAUUAUAUCACCUUUACGACACUGUAAGGCAGAAUCGUCGGAAGGCCAGAUUGGCGGGAAAGGUUGUUUUGAUCACUGGUGCUAGUUCGGGACUCGGAGAAGCCUUGGCGCACAGUUUCUACAAAUGCGGUUGUCGCCUAAUUUUAGCAUCCCGACGAAGAGAAGAACUCGAAAGAGUCAAGGUUGCGCUGAUCAACACGCACCCCACAGUUCCCACUCACCCGCCAGUGGUUCUUCCACUGGAUAUAACAAACCUAAAUGAUGUACCAUUGGAGGUACAGAAGGUGUUGAAAAUUUAUCCUCAAAUAGAUAUAUUGAUAAAUAAUGCAGGGAUUUCAUACAGAGGAGAAGUAAUCAAUACCAAUGUCGACAUUGACAUCAAAGUCAUGCUUUGCAAUUAUUUUGGCCAAAUUGCUUUGACUAAGGCUGUCUUGCCUUGUAUGCUGGAAAGACGAUCUGGACAUGUCGUGUUUGUCAGCAGUGUUCAAGGCCGAAUUGCGAUACCUUACAGAUCGGCGUACGCUGCCUCAAAGCAUGCGUUGCAAGCAUGGUGCGACACAACACGAGCCGAACUGGCCGAGCAAAACAUCAAAAUAACAGUUGUAAGUCCCGGAUACGUAAAGACAUCCCUUUCACUGAACGCAAUAACAGGGAGUGGUGAUACGUAUGGAGUAAUGGACAAAAGUACAGAGGAAGGUUUUACACCGGAAUACGUUGCGGAACAAGUGUUGAAAGCGUUGCUUAGAGAGGCGAGUGAAGUUACAGUUGCUACGUUUGUGCCAAAAGCUGCAAUCCUUCUGCGCUCGGUUCUCCCUUCUGUGUAUUUUUGGCUCAUGAGAAAACGGGCUAAGACGGUGGCAAAAGAUAAGUAGCCAUAAACAAUUGAAUUUUCUACAAUAAUGCAAGAAAUUGGAUCAAAAUUGUGACACACAAUCAUUGAAAAUGCAACGAUGGUUCUGAGAAUCGAAUUAAUAAAAAACUCGAAAGAUAGGCCAAGAGAAAGAAUAGCUUUACAUGGAGGUGAACUGCUUCAAGAAUUCUAUCUGUGUAUAGUAUCCGACGUCGAAUGAUGGAAAACUCGUAACUGCGUUAGUCAUUCAGAUUCGUACAAUUAGUAAAUGAAAUUUUUUAUACACAGUAUUAGGAUAAAAGAAAGAUUCGAAGGAAUGUAAAUAUUAUAUAAAUUAAUAUCGUUUACGUUUUUAUUUUUUGCAAUGAAAAUUCUUUACUGUAACCAUCAAGCGCCUUGAACCACAUUCAUGCAAUUUAUCUAAUACACUUCCGUAUUUUUUGUCAGUUGGCAAUCAAAACACAACGUGUACUAUUUAAAACUAUAUUUUAUUAUUAUAAUUAUUAUGACACAGGCCCCAAAUUAAUAGGGCAUGUUUACAUUUUAUGUACACGUUAAGACUAUGGACCCGCGAAUUUUUUCUUGCUUUCUUAUUUUUUAAAUUAUUUUCACUAAUUAUCGGGCUAAAACAGUUUACAUUUCUAUAAAAAUUGGCGCACCAUUCGCGACCA